GAAGGAGAGAGAGAGAGAGAAAAAAAAAGUGCAGAAUUAGUGUAAACAAAAACAGUUUCUCUAUGCUGAGCUAUAGUUUCUCCAAACUUGGCACACGGAUAGGAUUCUGUCGUUACAUUUGACGGUAAUAUGUCGUCUGCAAAGACACCGAGACGUCGCGAGGAAACAAUUUCCUUUGGAAAACCGAGGGUUUUUUUUGGUCAGCAGGUAGAGCCCCAGCAACCGCCAUGCUCCCCGAGUCCCCCCAGGGCAGUGUCCCCACCACCUGCAUAUUUGCAAUGCCCCAGUCCUCCCCCACAGACAGGGGCUAUGCUCACUGCUGAUCCAAAUUGGCAAGCACAAAGGGAAACCGUGAGGCAGCGCAAUGCUGCUAUGUUCAACAAUCAGCUCAUGAGUGAUGUCAAAUUCCUAGUGGGUCCCAAAGGGGGUCAACAGGCAAUCCCCGCACACAAAUAUGUACUGGCAACGGGCAGCUCCGUGUUCUAUGCCAUGUUCUACGGAGGCUUGGCUGCUCCAUCCAACCCAGAGAUUGAGAUCCCAGACGUGGAACCUGCGGCAUUCCUCGUCCUAUUAAGAUACCUGUACUGUGACGACAUGACGCUAGAGGCAGACACUGUCCUUGCCACUCUGUAUGCAGCCAAGAAGUAUCUAGUACCACAUCUGGCCCGCGCAUGCGUCGCCUACCUAGAGACAAGUUUGACAGCACGCAAUGCGUGUGUUCUGCUUAGUCAGAGUCGUCUCUUUGAAGAACCUGAGCUUGCUCAGCGCUGCUGGGAGAUAAUUGAUGCACAGGCCCAGCAGGCGCUUACAUCUGAGGGAUUUUCAGAUGUGGAUCGACCCACUUUGGAGGCUAUCCUUUCCAGAGAAACUCUCAAUGUGAGUGAAGCUUCCCUGUUUGAGGCUGCCCUUACUUGGGCAGCAGCAGAGUGCAGUCGAUGCGGUCUUCAAAGGAAUCCAGAAAACCAACGUGCCGUGCUGGGCCCCGCGUUGCAUCUCUUGCGUUUGCCCACCAUGACACUCCAAGAGUUUGCUGAUGGGGCAGCUCAAUCCCAAGUUCUCACUCUCCGUGAGACAGCCGAUAUUUUUUUACACUUUGUGGCGGCCAAUAAGCCAUCCCUGCAGUUCCCCACUAGGCCUCGCACUGGAUUACAGCUGAGGGUGUGUCGUCGCUUUCAAUCGUGCGCAUAUCGCAGCAAUCAGUGGCGAUAUCGUGGCCGAUGCGAUAGCGUCCAGUUCUGCUCAGAUCGGCGCAUCUUCCUGGCAGGAUUUGGGUUGUACGGAUCAAGCAGCGGAGCAUGUGAAUACAGGGCUCGAAUUGAAAUCAAGCGUGGAGGAAGAUCUCUAGCGCAACAAGACACCCAUUUCAACUCUGAUGGGUCGAGCAACACGUUUCGCGUCUACUUUGAUGACCCAGUUCAGAUGGAACCUGACACAUAUUACACUGUGUCUGCUGUCUUGGAAGGACCAGAGUUGAGUUACUUUGGCCAAGAAGGGAUGAGUGAGGUUGUCAUUGGAUGUACUACUUUCCAGUUCCAAUGUUCAUCAGAUAGCACCAAUGGAACAGGUGUUCAAGGAGGGCAGAUACCCGAGCUGCUCUUUUAUGGACCAGACAAAUAGACCUCAAAUAAGCAAUAAAAUCGCCCUCUAUUU